ACAUAGUGCCUCGCAGUUGACACUUGCUUUAUCAGAAACCUUUGGGUUGGUAUUCCAAGUACUAAACAAACAAUAUGAUGCCAUCCAGCCUUGAAAACAAGAGCAGUAAUGGAAAUGGAGGACAUCAGUCUCCUCUAGAGCAGGUUACCGUUGCUGAGAUGAAUCAUGUGGCCAUGCCUGAUAAUGUCAUGGAACAGGUUGACAGAGCAAUGGUACAGAUAGUUGAUGGGUCUGUUGGUCAAUUGAAUGAUGGUGGAAUUGUGCAGAUGGUCAGUGACGGUAUUAAUCAGAUGGUAAACCAAGAAAUUGAACCAGUUGAAAAAGAGGUUAUUGAGCAGAUCACAAAUGGAGUGCCCCCUGAUAUUGUCAAGAAAGAAGAAGUUCAGGAAGAUGAGGUUGAAGGAGAUUUACAUGAUGAUCCUGACAAUGAACUAUUACCAGAAGAUGAGGAUAUAGUUGAAGUAAAACAAGAAAAUGGUAAGAAAACAAAAGGGCGAAGAAGAAAGAAAAGACGACUUUUCUCUUCAAGAAAAAUUAAUAAGAUUUUCCAGUGUGAACAUUGUCCUGCUUUAUUCUCCCGUGACACACAUCUCAAGUACCAUGCAAAGAUUCAUUUGGAUGAUAAAGUGGAAAAAUUUGAAUGUGACCAAUGCCACGUUGUGUUUUCUCGUAUGAACAAGUUAAUGAAGCACAGGCAAAAAGCUCAUCAGGAGGCCCUAUCUUGUAAACUAUGCAAUUCUCAGUUCACACAUGUCAAUAGCUACCGGUUACACAUGAGACUUCACAAUGGGGAGAAGCCUUAUGAGUGCAAUGAAUGUGGUGUGAGGUUUGUUCAGAGUAGUCAUCUAAGUAUUCAUAAAAGAUCUCAUACAGGUGAGAAACCAUAUCAGUGUGAUGUUUGCAAACAGGCUUUCAAACAGAUUUCACAUCUUCGAACCCAUGAACGUAUUCAUACUCAGAUGAAACCGUUUGUUUGUGCUAUGUGUGGAGCUGCUUUCAUACAGAAGAGUAGUUUGAAUCGACACUGUAGAAUUCACACUGGAGAAAAACCCUAUGUCUGUAACAUUUGCCAGGCUGCAUUUUGUGUCAAAAACAACCUUACACGUCACAUGAUCACUCACACUGGAGAACAGCCUUACAAAUGUGAUUUGUGCAAUGCAUCUUUUGGUCAGGCUAUAGAUUUGAAGAGACAUAAGAUUGCACAUACAGGAGUAAAACCUUAUGAAUGUGAUGUAUGUGGGGCUUCCUUUAGUCGUAAAAAUAACCUCAAAUGGCACAAGUAUACUCAUACUGGAGAAACCCCUUUCAAGUGUGAUGAAUGCUUAGCAGAAUAUGUUCGUCCUCGUGACUUGAAGAAGCAUAAGCUAAGCCAUGGUGGUGCCAGUCCUCACGUGUGUGAAAUUUGUCACCAACAGUACCGUCAGCCAAGCAUGCUCAAGAGACAUAUGAUGACUCACACUGGCGAAAAACCAUUUGUAUGUGAAAUGUGCUAUGCAACCUUUGUUGACAAAAGCUCUCUGAAAAGACACAUGUAUAAGCAUGUGGGUGUUAAGCCGUAUUCAUGUAAGAGGUGUGACACUACUUUUCGAGACUUUCGUAGUCUCAAACGUCAUAGUGUUCAAGUCCAUGGAGAGGAGCUUGAUGAGAAACAGCAGUCAUAUGUAAACCAGGUACAAAACCAUCAGCAACAGCAACAGCAGCAACUACAUCAUCAGCAGCAGCAACAGCAUCACCAACAAAUUGCAACUAUAUCCUCAGGGACGCUCAUCACACAAGAUGCUACACACAUUGCACAGUACACUCAGCAGCCCCCUCAGCAACAAGCAACCCCACAAAUGGCCCAGGUUCCUACUCUGAUGCUGUCAAAUGGCCCAGGUCAACCACCACGAGCUGCAAGACCUGCUAACAACUGUCAAAAUCACACUGCUCAUGUCCUAACAUUUGGGGGCAAUAGUCAGUGGCAGUCAUGGUGUUUCUGCGAGACUCCUGCUCUUGCUGAAGUACCACAGCAGGUCAUGGUGACCACUACUGCACCAGUGACACUUCCUGUUGCAUCAGUGCAUCAGCAAAUACAGCAAGUUCCACAGCAACAACAGCAGCAGCAGCAUCACCAGCAAUCUGCACAGCAGCAACCACAGCCUCAGCCACAACAGCAGCAGCAGCAGCAGCAACAAUCACAGCCACAGCAACAACAGCAGCAACAGCAAGUAGCCCCAUUUACAAUGUCUGUCAAGGCUCCUGUUGUUCCGACCCACAUCCAGUUGCAAUUUCCUUUCGGGGAUACACAGGCUACCACUAGUCACACCCAGUGGGUGUCAGGUAGCUGGAGUAAAUAAGAAUGAAAAUUAGAUGCCAUUGUUUUCCAUUCAUGAUAUCAACAUGACAAAGCCUUUUUCAAAUUAUUAUACAGUUAAUGAUCUUGUGGUUGAUAGAGAGAACUUUUUAAAAAAAUGAGUUUUGUUUUAAGUAUAGACUAUAACAGUCUUCUUUAAGUUAGCUAUCUUGACAGUGUAUAUGUAUAGUGGUGAUGUAUUUCUGAAAGAACACUUGUAUAUUGUAACUGAUUAUUAAUUUAGUUUCAAUAUCUGAUUAUUGAAUAUUAAUAUUUGCCAUUGUCUGAAGUUGUUGAUUAAUGCACAUUUUUCUUGGGUUUGUCAUUUUUCAGCUGUAUCUGUUGCCGUUUAGUUUUUUUAUUUGUGAUGUUCACCUUUGGGUUUAGAAUGAUGAGUAUCAUUUGCUAUGCAUUUGAAUAAUCUUGGGAAACGAUGUUUUUUGUAUGUUUUUUUACGAUUACAGUAUUAAUGUUCUCGCCUACUUUAUUGGAGAAUUUCAGAUUGAAUUAUGCUGAGUGGAAUUAUUAACUCAUAAGUGGUAAAAAUUGUCUAAGAAAAUUUUAAGUUUGAACAGCCAGGUGGGAAAGAGGCCAAAGGUUUUUUUUUUAAUUUAUUUAUAAGCGCCUCAUUGGCGUGAUCAGUAUUGUCUUGGCCUGCCACCUCAGUGGCUGCGAGUUCGAUUCUCGGGCAUUCCAUUGAGGUGUGAGAGAUGUGUAUUUCUGAUGAUAGAAGUUCACUCGACAUGGUUCGGAAGUCACGUAAAGCCGUUGGUCCCGUUGCUGAAUAACCACUGGUUCCAUGCAACGUAAAAACACCAUAUAAACAAAAUCAAAGGGUUUUAUGUAGGACUGCUGGUAUGUUGGGAACCCUUGUAUGAUUUCUGUAAUCUUCUGACACCUUGACUUUGAUGUGCGUUCCCUUUUUUGAGAAUGGAACUUUUGAGAAAGUUUGUUAGACAUACAUUUACUUAAUUUUUGUCCAUCAUCUGAUUAGUCUUACUUGACUUAUAUUUCAUUCACAUUCCUCUGGAUAUGAUAGGUCGUUGUUGUGAGUGGGUUUUGUGGUGUAAAUUGUCUUCGCAUGAUGGGUGUUAUA